UCUUCAGCCAAUCCUAAUGUAAUGUUUCAUUUCAUUAUAACAGUGAUGAAAGCCUCAGGAAGCAUGGAGGAAAGUGUGAUGGUUCACCUCCUGUGGACUGUUCACCCAGAUGCCCAGAUGCACCCCCAGAACUCAAGAAACUCUGCCCUGAUCCACCAGCAUGCCCAGAGGCCAAGAAAAAGAAGAAGCAGUGUUCAUCCAAACCAAAACCUAAACCAUCUUGUCCAGCACCAGUGGACCCUUGUCCUAAGCCAUGUCCACCACCACCUUGUCCACCACCACCAUGUCCACCUCCACCAUGCUGUCCCCCACCUCCUUGUCCACCAUCAUGUCCCCCAAAGUCCAAAACCUGUGGCAAGUGUCCAAAGAUGAAUCCCUGCAAGUGUCCACCACACAAGAGACUCAGGCCUGAGGUCUGCAAUCCCAAGGACAUCCAACAGGCCAGGCUGGAGGCAGCAUGUGCAGCCAGGCGCAGACUUGAAGGCCUUUGUGCUAAUAAGCCACAAAAAGCUAGUGCCCCAUGUCCAAAUCCCAGACCUUCAUGUCCACCAAGCUCUAAACCAUGUGUUAUUGAAGACUGCCAAGUACCUCCAGAACCAGCAGACAACUCUCUGGACAUGCCUUGCACUCCACUUGCCAAACCAGAUUGUGGUCCUCAACCAGAUGGAAAGAAAAUGUGUGUUGGUGUGGAAGGAAUCCAGGCUUGGCAGAAGGACUUUAUGGAACAGUUCUUGAACAAUCAUAGAAAUUGGAGGAGGGGAGAACAACCUGGAACACCAUCUGUUUCUAAACCCAAGACCAUUUCCAGGUCUCCACUUGAGCUUCCUGACAAUGUGCAAGAGUUUUUGGACAAUGCAAAGUUGGGACCAGAACCAAACUCUGACAGAAUUGCCUUGUGCACUUUUGGAAAGAUUAUGGAUGAAGUGGAGCAUAAGGCUGUGGUUGACAUCAGAUGUGCCUUAGAAGAGAAGGGAGCUGCCAUUUAUGGGAUCCCCAAUGAUACCAAGAUAAACUACAUUCAUUUGUUGACCAAAGAAGUGUGGUGUGAGAGAUCCAAAGUAUCCUUGGAACUCAAAUUGUUGAGAAAGAUCUUGCAGCAGGCUACUGAGGAGGCUGAUGAGGCUCAACGCUGUUCUGAUGCUGUCUACAAUGGACUUGUACAAGGUGCUCAAGAUCAGAUUGACUGUUGGGUGAAAGAGUACAAGCGCAUAAUGGAUUGCUUGAGACCACUGAAAGACAGGAGGAGGUUAUUGCAUCACAAAGCGUUGACAGUGUGUAGAUCUGUCAAAGAUGCAACUGAGGUCUUGCAUUUGCCUUUGCAAGUUGGCAUCUCUGCUUUUAGUGCCAAGAGGUCAGGGGUGUCUCCAGUUGGCAACAUGAUGAGCAAUUUGGGCAGUGACAUCUUGAGGGCAGCCUAUGGACUAUUUGGUGUGGAGUUUGCCAAAUGCACCAAUUUUGCUGCCAAAUUGGGAGUUGAGCUGGAUCAUGAGCUAUCUGCAGCAUCCUGGGCAUCUGUGGCACUCUGUGAAUACCUGCAAUUGCGAGGACCCCACUUCCCUAGAGCACCUGACAACAUGGAAGAGAUGAAUUGUGAGGGACCCUUGCCACCAUUGAGUCCUGUACCAUACCAGCAGUGGGCAACCAUGCGCGACACCUACAUGUUGUAUAGAGAAGCCAGCUACUUCCGCACAGUGCUGAAAUCUCAUGAUUUUGUGGACAAGGAAGCUGCUUGUGCAUUCCCAGCAUUUCCAGAGAAGGACAGGAAAUGCAUUUUCCAUGGUUAUGUGUCUGCUUCUUACUUGGAUGACAAUGUUGGUCUCUGGAAAGGCAGAUGGGCCAUCAGGAAUGCCAUCCUAAACAGAUCUGCAUCCAAUCCCAUUGGAUAACUUUGACCAAUGCUUGUUGUUUUAAUCCUUAUUUGUUUUAUUCACUGUUGUAUCCAUGUAUAAUACAUUUGAAAUGCCCAAAUCGCUAAUACACA